AUGAAGUGGCUCGUGGUGUUCCUUGCAGUUUUUACAUUCUGCCAAGGCAAUCAGUUAAGCAGGAUCCCCCUGCACAAGGGGAAGUCCAUGCGCCAAGCCUUGAAGGAGAAGGGACUCCUGGAUGAGUUUUUGCGUAAACACCAGUACUCCAUCAGCAAGAAGUACUCCAAAUCCAAGGGUGUGGCAAGCGAGCCCCUGACCAACUACCUGGAUUGUCAGUACUUUGGAAAGAUCUCCAUCGGGAACCCACCCCAGGAAUUCACCGUGGUGUUUGAUACAGGAUCCUCAGACCUGUGGGUGCCCUCUGUCUACUGCAACAGUGAUGCCUGCCAGAACCACCAGCGCUUCAACCCGACCAAGUCGUCCACCUUCCAGAACAUGGGCCGGCCCCUGAGCAUCCAGUACGGCACAGGCAGCAUGCAGGGCUUUCUGGGCUACGACACUGUCACCGUCUCUGACAUUGUAGACCGUCACCAGACUGUGGGCCUGAGCACCAAGGAGCCAGGAUUUGUCUUCACCUACUCCGAGUUUGAUGGGAUCUUGGGGCUAGCCUACCCCUCUCUUGCCUCUGAGUACUCGGUGCCUGUGUUUGACAACAUGAUGAACCAGCACCUGGUGGCCCACGACCUGUUCUCGGUUUACAUGAGCAGGAAUGAGCACGGGAGCAUGCUCACAUUGGGUGCCAUCGACCCAUCCUACUACACUGGCUCUUUGCACUGGGUGCCCGUGACUGUGCAAGAGUACUGGCAGUUCACUGUGGACAGCAUCACUGUGGACGGCGUGGUGGUGGCCUGUUAUGGUGGCUGUCAGGCCAUCCUGGACACAGGUACCUCCCUGCUGGCUGGACCAGCCAGUGACAUCCUCAAUAUCCAGAAGGUUAUUGGAGCCACACAAGGUCAAUAUGGCCAGUAUGACAUCGACUGUGGGAGCCUGAGCAGCAUGCCAACGGUGGUCUUCGAGAUCCAGGGCAGACAGUACCCGCUGCCCCCCUCUGCCUACACCAACCAGCAGAACCCGGGUUUCUGUACCAGCGGCUUCCAGGGUGACAAUAACUCCCAACAGUGGAUCCUGGGAGACGUCUUCAUCCGGGAGUACUACAGCGUGUUUGACAGGGCCAACAACCGUGUGGGGCUGGCCAAGGCAGUCUGA